CAUUGGCUGCAACUUUCCAAUGUAAUCUGCAAGAACGAAGUGCGAGACAGACUUCGAAAGAGCGAAGGGCAGAGUAAUACAAAAAGAGAGACGAGGUAUCUGUAGCAUAAUUGAAACGACAGAAGUAUUCUACUGAUCAAUUUAGAGUCCUAAGUGUUAUAUGUUCUGCCUUAUCAUCGCGGACCUCUUUACCUAGGAGCGUAUUCUCCGUGGGUGACCGCAAGGUUCAGCUGUAGAAAGAGACUGACAGCCAUGCAGCACUAUGGGGUCAAUGGUUACUCUCUUCAUGCCAUGAACUCUUUGAGUGCAAUGUAUAAUCUCCACCAGCAGGCAGCACAACAGGCCCAGCAUGCUCCUGACUAUAGACCAUCUGUCCAUGCACUGACUCUGGCUGAGAGGCUGGCUGAUAUUAUCCUCGAGGCAAGGUAUGGGUCCCAGCACCGUAAGCAACGCCGGAGUCGGACAGCAUUCACUGCACAACAGUUGGAGGCUCUGGAGAAGACAUUCCAGAAAACACACUAUCCUGAUGUAGUGAUGAGGGAGAGGUUGGCCAUGUGUACCAACUUGCCUGAAGCUAGAGUGCAGGUCUGGUUUAAAAACCGCCGCGCAAAAUUUCGAAAGAAGCAGCGCAGCCUGCAGAAAGAGCAGCUCCAGAAACAAAAAGAAGCCGAAAUGAGCCAGGAGGAGACGAAAGCCGAGAAAUCAGUCACAGAAACUCAGGGCUGCUCAGAAGUCAGCGAGUCACGGAGUGCUGGCGGCGAGCCGAUCAACAUCGAGUUAAAUGUCACCUCGGCCGAGCAGUCAGACAGUGAAUCAUCAGCAGAGGAGCAUACAGACAGGGAGCGAGAGUUUAAAUCACCGGCAGAGGAGUUUAAACAAGAUAAGAGCUGCAGCCCAGACAGCAAACCAACAACCUGCAAACGGGCAAGCCCGAAAUCAGAUUCGCCGAUUAACACUACCGGGACGCCUGCCUCUAGCAGCGGGAGUAACAUGGUGCAAACACACUCCUACUCGUCCUCUCCUCUCAGCCUGUUCCGGCUGCAAGAGCAGUUCCGUCAGCACAUGGCAGCUACCAACAACCUCGUCCAUUACUCCUCCUUCGACAUGGGGAGCCCGGCAGCCAUGCCAUACCUGGGCAUGAAUAUGAAUGUAGCCCCCAUCAGCUCCCUUCACUGCCAGUCCUACUACCAGUCGCUAUCGCACGCGCAGCAAGUGUGGUCGAGCCCGAUCCUGCAGGCUUCGAGCGCCCUGCCCAACCUCAACAGCAAAACGACGAGCAUCGAGAAUCUCCGGCUCCGAGCCAAGCAGCACGCAGCGUCCCUGGGACUGGACAGUCUACCAAACUGACUCAAUUGGUUCGACAGGAACAGGAGAAAGAGGACGUGCUUGUUUGGAAAGCAAACACAAACACACCGUACACACCAUUUUAAGUCUAUUUAGAUGUUGCUAGGUUUGACAAGGCGCUUUAAAGUCACGUGCAUAAAAGGGAACUGUCCAGUCAAUUUCCUGUAAUGAAUAGGAGGACUUCCAGACACUGCGCUUGCACAAGGGAAACUGAAAUUAACCAGAUCUUCCAAUUAAUAUCUCAUCAGUCCGGCUUCAAACUGAAACGAAAACAAUCCCUUAUAGCCUAGGUAUAACUUUUGGUAAACAGUUGAUAGUCAGCACUUACAGAUGCAAUGCCCCAACUGCUCAAAACUAAUAAAGGCUGAGUUUUGCAAACCGCGCAUCUAAAAGAAAAUAAACAAGGUCCCAUAGCUGCGCUUCUUAAAAAGACAACCCUGGAAGCAGCCCCGCCGGGUAUUUGUUUAAUGUCUAAAAAAAACGAACCGUUAAAAGAAACUUACUUAUUUUUCCAAGUUACUUUUUUUAAAGGCACCGGCAGUGCGGUUCUUAACAACUGCGUUAAAACAGGUCACUUUGUACAAAUAAACUGUGGCGGAAAUUGCUGGAGAUGGCGAGAGCCGUCCCAGUUUCCGCCUACUCCAACAAUGACAACAGGAGGACUAAACUGAACAGCAGGGCUUAGCACAAUUGGACUAAAAUAAAACAAAUAACUGCGAAUGCUGAGGAUCUGAAACAAAAACAGAAAUUGCUCGAGGAACUCAGAAGGUCUGGCAGCAUCUGUGGAGAGAAAAAGCAGAGUUGAAAACUUUUCCAGUCCAAUCACGUUCUUCACAGUUCUGAUUAGAUUCGACGCAUGAACACUACUUUCUCUCCACAGAUGCUGUCAGACCUGCUGAGCUGGAAUUAUGUCAUUCGAGUUCCGCGGCAGCUCUCUGGCAUUCCAGGAUCUUGAAACCUCUUCCCGAAAGACCCAAAACGCCGUUUUACAAUUUUAGAAACACGUAGUAAUAACAAAUGGCGCCGAUGCAGUUUAGGACUUUAGCCACCUCUAGAACGAUCAGCACAGACGGAAGGGUGUAACUUGCAGUCCAGAGUUUCCAACCGUUUUCAAAUAUCAUAGUCCAGAACUAAACCUAGUUUCCUCGCACCGCGUUUCCUGCGUUUUUUUUCUCUCUCUUGGAAAAAGAAACACAAGCUGGUACUAGAUAGAAUCUUUAAGAUUCUGACGAGCCAUGGGUUUUAAUCUGUAGAUUUUUUAAUAAAAAUAAACCUGUUAUGAUACAUUUGAACACAGGCCGCUUGGGUCAGGGACAGGCAUAUUAACACCACAUCAAAUGAUGUUAGCCGAAGUAGUUUCCCUUAUAUUGCUAGGGGAUUAUCUUACUGACUGGAAGAUCUUACGGGUUGUGUCACUUGUAGAUUUUCACAUUAGACUUUACGUUAUGUGCCCAGCUCAUAAUAACCAUUCGUAUGGUUAAAAGAAAGGUAACAUCGUUCUGACAAUGAAACUUAAGGUUUUGAAAAAGUUCAGCACUGUGCUGAAUCAGAGUUGCCCAAUGAUCGGGAACGUCUCUGUCAGUAAUCGGCACUAGUUUGCGAGCCAGCGCGGCCACAGUGCACGGCGCUUGUUGUAUUGGCAGAGGGGGAGCAACACCGCAAAACUCAGGUCACACCCCAAAACGGCUUCUGCAAUUCGCACAAAAAAAUGCUGAUGCCAAUUUCAUCCACGUGUUUCAAACAAGGAGCCAGGGCGCUUGCUCAUUUUCUGUGGAUUCGUUUAACUCAGUGAUGAAUUUACAAAGCGAAGAGGGAUGAAUACAGGCACCUCCUGUUUACUAGGAGCCACCUCUUCACAUUUGAAGGUUGCAGGCACUCGAAUUAAUAUCACCAGGCCGAAUACAAUUUCCAACUUCUCAACCAAAGUUUCCUUUUUUUUCAAAAAUGAGGCAUUCUUGCCAACUUGCAAAAACAGUGGUGCACGUUUCUAAAUUUCUUGAUGGCAAUGUUUAUCUUUAAGGAGGCACAGUGCAAAUGUGUGGUGCAACAUAUAUAAGUGUCUCUUUGCUUUGUAACCGAGACGCUGGCCGUAUUACAGCGUCUCUUUUCUGAGUUGGAUAUCCAGGAACUGAAGAUUCCUCAGAGUCAGAAAGGUUCCUUGGAAUUUUUUGUGCCCGCAUCCUUUCUGCCAUCAGAGUAGGGAGAUGUUCUUCCUGAAUGCACACAACGCUGCUUCUUGUUUAGAAUUUGACAGCAAGUGAGAUUUUAUAAUAAAGAUAGGGCCAGCCGGCAGCUUAGUCUUUAACUUGUGGCCACAUUUUACACAACAAUUGUUUCCAAAGUAUUUGCGACGUCGUAUUUCAAUAGUGCUGAUAACACUCUCUGUUGCCUUCACCUGCGCAUUCAAUUCAAUUCGCUUCACACAAAUAGACAAUUUUAAUAGGACUUUUAAUGACUGAAACAGCAACUGUUACCUGCAGCUGGAAAUUACUAGAUACUUCACCAGUCUUUGCCUAUAAUGCCCAUUACUUAUCAAUCUCAUCAAUAAAAACAUUGUGACAAGCAUCACAUCGUACAACUUGGCUUGAACUUAAUAGCUUGCAUUUAUGUCACGCCUUUGACAUAGUGAAAUUUCCAUUUCUCGAAUUAAGCAGCAAAAUAAUCUGACUGAACCAAUGAAUAAAGAUAUUAGAAGAGCUAUUCAUAAACUUAGCCAAAGAUGUUGUUUUAAGGAGUGUUUUCAAAGUAGGACAGAAAAUUAGAGAGGCAGAUCUUUUUAGUGAAGGAAUUGGAAGGCCCAGAAAGCUGAAAGCCUGGUUACCAUUGGUAGGACAAAGGAUGCUAGAAAUGCACAAGAGCUCAGUUAUGGGGCCUGGCCCUGUUCUCAUACAAGAUUACAGAGUUAAAGAGGAACAGGGGUUGGAGGGAUUUAAAUGCAAAAGAUGAACUUAAAAUGUUGGUGGAUUGAGAAACAAAGUCUUAUUCUCUCUUAAGCAUUCCCUCUAGGCUAAGAGUAAAUUUCUUCAACUCAGGUUUUGUGGGUCCUGAGGUGACUAGGCAAUCCAAUGCUGGGUUUACAUGCAUGGCUACACAUGGGCCAGAUCAUUUUUUGAAGAGAUGUGUUGGUGAGACGUUUGGGUUUUCACAUCCUCCUUCUCCUGUUUGCACCUGGCCACCAGCUACCCUAUUGAAAUGGUUGGCUCCUCUUUGGACAUUUCUUCUCCAAUUUGGGCAGUCUUGAACAUAAGAUUCCCAUGAAUUGGUGUGGAUGUCGUGUACUUUUUAGAAAUGCUUUGAGGAUGUCCUUAAGGCACCUCCACUGCCCUUCUUUGUCAUGAAGCUCAGUGAAGAGAGCACCAAUGAAUAUUAGCAAGUAUGUUGCCAAUAGAUGGCCCAGAUUUGGUGCAAGUUAGAAUAGAGACACCAGUUACGAAUGAGCUGUUUACGAAACAUGGAGGGUAAGAUGUCAAUCCAUUGCAUUGGUAUAGUUGAGUCUAGAGAGAAAAACGAAAGCACAGCUCUGGUUCAGCAGCAGAGGAGAAUGCAGAAUAUACAUAAUACAGAGCCAACAGUUUGUGGUUUUGGUGAUGAAGAGGAUAUAUUGUGAGAAGGUCACCUCAGGGUCAUUUAUGGCAGGGAGGUUGGAAACAAGCUGGCUCAGGCCAGGGCUUGGACAAGAAAAGAUCCUUCUGUCAUCUUGGUUAGUUGGCUACUGCAAUUAUCAGAGUUUUUUUUUCCUGAUACAUAGCGAUUUUCAAUCUGAAAGUAAUCACAUGAAACAAUUAUUUUGAUGGUUGGUAGUUAAUCACUUUACAAAUAAAAACUGGUUUGGCAUUGAGAUCACCUGUCUGUUAAGCUGCCACAUUAUUUAUGUUUUUUUGUCAAAGACCAGUCUGAUCAAUAGCACCAUUACUGUUCAUAAUUUUUAAUAGAUCCAUGACUACAUGUUCAAAGGUAACUAAUAUUACACCAGAGCUUAACUGCAAUACCAUCAAAAUAAAAAACCUAUAAGUCACACCAUGAACAAAAGAAACUUAUCAGUUCAGUGUAAAAUAGCAUGAAAAAAAUUUGCCUCUAAUGUCUUAUUUAAAUUCAUUGCUUCCAUUGAAAUAAAAGUUCUCAGAAUUUAUCUAUGUAUCACAAAAAUGCAGAUGACAUAAAUUAUAAUUUCACAUUAUUUUCUAACUAUUUUUCCCACUAAAAUAUCUUGACUUGAUAUUAUCACUUUUUUUUUAUUUUCCCAUUCCUUUAUGUUGAUCCCUGGCUAAAGUGUAACUGUUAUUCACAGCCUAACAGUGGAUCACUACCUAAUUCCUAUGCCCCUCACUAUGCAUACCCACCUCCCAAUGACCAUCUAGCCAAAAUUAUGUCAGAACCAUUUGAUCAACAAGUGAAGCAACUGGGAGAUAACAGCAAGAGGCACGGAAGAGAAUAUAGCUGUACACAACAACAGUCUGCAGUCAACUCUACCAGGUGGCAACUGAAAACCCCACUGUGGGAGAGUCUGCAAGAAUGAGAUAUGGCUUGUAAGCAACCUGCAAACCCACAGUCAACAUCAACGUCUCACUUCCAUCCAACCAUCUCCAAGGAAAAAUCAUUCUUGGUGUAAUAGAUUAUUAAUAAUGAUAGGCAAGUUACAAGAUCUUGUCCAUGUCAAACUUGUAAAGUUAAACACCGACAUGCCAUAGUGAGGCACAUGCAUAAGCUGCAACACCAGUGCCCCUAAAAUCAUAACAUUCUUAGUUAAUUUAAAUCAGUAAAAUGCAAAAAAUGCCAUUUUCAGUCUUUACUGUCAUUUAGGUUAAAUUCACUCUUUAUAAAAUGAGUAAAUAGAUUAAUUCUUAAACAAUGAUAUGAGUGGAAAAGUACUUAGCACAUUUUUAUGGCACUCUCUGCUAUCCUAGUGGUGGCAUUAAUCCAUUUAAAAUACAUAGAUUAAUGUAUACGCUAAAAUAGUGGGAAAAACAAUUUCAGUCAUUAAAUACUCAUAUUGCAAGCAAUAUUUUCUUGGUAUAAUGCUUUUCAAAUUAAAUGCUCUUUUAUUUAUAUGCUAUUAGAUAUCUCCAACAUGAUUUAAAGACAUUGCCUGGUAUUUAUUAAAUGAACUAACACCAGUAUCUAGUGGCAAACUGAAAAGUGUUUUACUACAUUAGUGAAAAUUUAGCAAAAUCUGCCAAGAUCAAAUAUCAGUUGCUCUUAGACUUUCUGGACUUUCUUAUCAGCAACUAAAACUUAUCUUAAAAGAUAUUCCCCUUCAAAGAGAGGAUGAAAGUAAUGAAAUGGAACACUUUUCUUUCUUUCUCCUAAACACAAAAAUAGCUCGACUUCUCUUUUUGUUCUGAUAACUACAGGGAACUUAUCAUGUACCAAAAGGUGUCACAAAGAGGUUAAUAAGAAUGACUGGUGUAUUUGAUGUGAAGUGAGUUUGAGACACAAUGCUGAAGGCAGGAUAGAUGGUAUUUUAGCUGCUAUUUAUUCAAUGUGGUACCUGUCCCCAAAAUGCUCAAUAGCAACAUUAAAUUCAGGGCAAGGAUAGCCAUUCAUUUAUAGCAUUGACAUUUUUUUCAUUGAUGCACAUAAAUUCAGAUCCCUAACACUCACUGUCUGAGCACUGGGAUGCUGAGCCCUUUGAAAGUAAUUCUAAUAACACAUUACAUCCUAAAAUCCCAAGUCAUCAGUUUUAUUGACUACCAGAUAGAAAGGAAAUGGGAAGAAAUAAUCACCUCCAUAAGAAUACCAUCACUAUAUCCAAAAGGCAUUAAACUUAUCUCUCGUGCGAAGAAGUUUAUUUGUUAUACAGUUAAAUUUUUUCUGACUGUGACUGCUCCUAACCUGACACUAAACUUAAGUCCAAACAAAACAGUAAAAUACAGCAUUGAACUUUCAAAUACAUCCUUUUCCUACUCAUUGCUAGGCGUUGGUGAAUAAGGCAAUCUGUGGUGGAGGAAGGGUGUGACAAUACCACAUCUGUAUGUAACCACAGUAACAGAAAUAUGAAUCAGUUAUUGACAAGUUAUUUGUAAAAUACUUUCUGUACAGAUAAUCAUUUUUAUUUACAUUUUUCAAAAUAUUAGUGAGGUGUGAGCUUGAUCCCUAGGAAACAAUAUUAAUGGGGAAUAGCCAGUGUUGUCUCUGAAAUGUAAAUACAUGUCUAUUGUGUUGAUGAGCUGUGUAUUAAGUCAGUGUUGCCUUACCCAGAUGGUGAGAAGUCUUUUCUAUUUCUUUGUUCCUCAGUAAUUGCCACAGUUCUGUAGAAUGUUCAACACUAGAUUAUUCAAAGAACUCAGAGUCCUUAGCAAUAGACCACUGAAUUACAUUGUUAAAGGAAAUAUAAAUUUAACUCCCAUCUGUUACUCUUGAGUCAGAGUUCACUAGUAAUGCAAUUUAAAGAUUUUUCCAAACAUGAUAUUUUGCAUGUUCUCCAAUGCUUUGCAGAAGAGCAAGAUCCUAUCCAUAUACAAUUUCAUACCUUUCAAUAUUUGGAAAGGAAAUCCAAUACAUACAGAAUAACAUGUUUUCAGAGAUGCAAUGUCAACAAACUUCUGUUCACCACACAAUGAUAUUUAGAUUGUACUAUAAGCUAUCUUUAAUUAGAAAAGGAAAUUAAAACGGAGAGUCAUUAAUGAGAUAGGUCAUAGUGGUGCAAUCAAGUAACACUAUUUUGAAUGUAUCACAAUCUGCCUGUUUUAUGGAGAAGACAUAGAGGAAUUCCCAACCAAAUAAUUUAAACCAAACUGGUUGAUUUUGUGAAAAAAUAAAUUGCGUACUUCAGAAAUAUGAAGUCUUGGAGCCUGAAAGUUGGUCACUGAUCUCUUUAUACUACAGUCCAUUGGUGAGGAAGAAAUAACUACGCUGAUCAUUCUCCUCUUGACUCUUCCAGACAUUAUAUGUCUUCAUAGAACUAGAGCAUGAGGUAAGAGUAAGAAGUAUAAUUUAUUAUCCAAUCUGCCCAAUAUUUUUGAAAAAUAAAAUCACAUCGCAUAAGGUCAAAGUAUUCAUUCUGUUUUAAAAUGUCAACAUUACCAAUUAUAUUGAAUAUUAACCGUUUAUUUAGUUAAAAAUGUAUUUUGUUGUGGAUGCUUACUUUUCAAAAUUGAACAGCCUAUGCACAUUGCCCCGCAAAAUCUUAAAUACAUUGUAAAAUGUUAAAUGUAAUGAACAGCCUAUGGCAAUAUCUGUUGGAAAUCACAUGAGUGUGGUGCUCAGUCUAGCUCCUAUUUAUACUAAUAUCUGAACCAUCAGGAAGAUAACUAUCUAAGCAUCUAUUGAUGAAUGAAAAGGUUGGGCAAUGGAGACGAUACUUUGCAUUUAACUUGGCUUUAAAUCCAAUCAAUAAAGAAAGAAAUUUCUUUAGUUCUGUAGAGAACAGAAGGCCUUGUUGCUUCUACCUUGCAUGUUAUAGAAAGAGAAAACUUGUUCUUGUUCCCAUCAUGCCCCAAAACACCUUGUGACAAAUAUGGUACUUUUAAAGUUACUAUUGCAUUAUUGGAAAAUUAAACAAUAUUUACCCCAGGAAUGGAAACCUGCUUGAUCUGGGAAGAUUUAAAAAUGCAUAUACUAUAGAGACUCUGGGACAUGAAUUCAAAUUCAACCUACCAAAAGGUUUGACAUUAAUGUUAAAAAUAGAGAAAUUUUCCCACUCAAGCUCUGAUCUUUCUUUCUUGCCAAUGUUCAAGAUCAUCUGGAUCCCUGCAUCAAAAUGAAUGAAUAACUUUCAAGAUUAGCAUUAAUUUAGUUAAUCGAGCCUACAUCUACGCCAACACCGAAAAUCAAAAUGCCAAUGACUCUGGGUACUUUCAAGACAGUAAUUGUGAUUUAUUUGAUUUUUGUAAAUAACUAAGUCGCCAAUGAUAAUUUAGUAAAUGAACUGUAGUAUGUAAUGCCACUGAAGGAGUUUGCCUUUUGCAAAAAGGGAAAGUGCAAAGCAGUUAUUUAAACUAAAAAUAAAAGUGAGUGAAUUGCAUUGUGUAUUGUGCUACGUGGCCUUGUAAAACAUUUCAUUAUAAAAAGCUUCUGCAGCUAAUUAGAUAUACUGCACUUUGUGAAGGUCACUUAAAAAUAUUUUCCAAAAAAGGGCAUUUUUGAUUGUGUGUAUGUAAUGUAUAAGUAAUGCAAUCAUGGGGUGAACUCUAGCAAUUCAUUUGCAAAUGUUCCUUCAUUGGCCCAUGUUUUCAGAGGCAUAAUCUAUGAUCGCCUCAACCGCCAUGGUAAGGUCUACAAGACCAAUUGUGCAUCUGCUUGUAAUGUAAAAAAAAUACACAAAUGUAAAAAUAACUCAAGUGUUGAGAAAUUUUGUUGAUUGUUUGACUGUAGGCACUAUAAAUGUUUAUUUUGAUGAUUUUUAAUGGGGGAUCUGUAUUUA